AUGCUGCCUGAGAAGAAAGUACUGGGUGCUUCUGCUAAAGAUUUAACUCCAAGUUAUGACUGGUUCCAAACCGAUAGUUUGAUCACCAUUGUCAUAUAUACGAAGCAGAAGGAUAUGAGUGCAGAGUUGGUGAUAGUUGACUGUCAAGACAAGCAAUUAAGGGGAGAAAUCAUCAUGGGUGACCGCUCAUAUCUUGUAGAAGUUGACCUGGAGCAUGCAGUUCAAGAAGACUUGGCUGUGCAUAUUGCUGAAAAAGUUGGAAAAGUAGAGAUUACCUUGAAGAAGAAGGAUAACAUUCAUUGGAAAAUGCUGGGACAGCCCUUGGAGAGUCAUAAUACAUUUAUCAAACGCACAGACAAAGGACCAUUCUACAGAAAGUGCAAGUUGGUUUCGAAGACAGAAGUUACCCACAACACCAAGCUCUUCUGCUUCCUGUUGCCUAAGAGCACACAUCUCCGUGUUCCCACCGGACAACACGUUUACCUCAAACAAGCCAUUGCAGGGACAGAGGUAGUAAAACCAUACACACCUGUAUUGCCUUCUUUGCCUCUGGAUUUCAAAGAACCAUCUUGCUGUGAUGGUGCACAUAUAUAUUUAAUGAUUAAAAUUUACCCCUGUGGACUGUUCACACAGGCACUUGACCACCUACAAAUUGGAGACUAUGUUUCUGUCAGCAAUCCUGAAGGUAACUUUAAGAAGUCACAGGUUCAAGCCUCAGAAGACCUCUUUUUAUUGGCAGCAGGCACAGGCUUCACACCAAUGGUUAAACUGCUGAAUUUUGCUCUGACUGAAGUUAGUUGUCUCCGGACAGUGAAGCUGAUCUUCUUCAACAAAACUGAAGAAGACAUUCUAUGGAGAAACCAACUAGAGCAAUUAGCUCUUAAAAAUGAAAGGUUUGAGGUUCAGUUCAUUCUCUCACAACCAACAAAGGACUGGGUGGGUAAACAGGGGAAGAUUUCUUCACUUCUUCUCUCUGAGUUUGUGAAAAGAAGCAGAGAAGACUCCAAAGCACUUAUCUGCAUCUGUGGUCCAACACCUUUUACAGAACAAGGAGUACAAUACCUGAAGGAUCUUGGAAACUCCCAAGAAGAGAUACACGCUUUUACUGCGUAAACCUGUAUGAGGAUGUCAAUGUUUGUACAAGUCAGUCUUAUUUAUUUACCUUAGUGAAUUUUAAAUAUGUGAGAAGCCAUUUUAUAAGACUUGAAAUUUCACUCUUGGUACCAAACUGUUUCUCGGAAGAAAUCUAUCUUUGGAAAAAUUUUAUACUGUGUUUUAUCUUGUUUUUGUAAAUAUUUUUGCUAAUA